CGCAUCACAACGAGGAUGUUGCGUAUCAACUUGCUCUUUCGCCCAUUUCAUAUCAGUCUGAGGCAUCAUCAUCACGCCUAAGUUGCGAGAAUGAGGAAUGAGAGCUCUUGGAACCACGCCUAUGGCACGUCUCAUUUCCGUCACGCUCCACUGGAUCAAAAGAAAGAUUCGCUUCGCCUAGUCAAAGUAUUGCCUGACCUCAGCACUGAUGGGCUAGUUGAAUGCAGUAUACAUCAUGCAGUCAAAUCAACGCCAUACAUUUGCUUAUCCUAUACCUGGGGCAGCUCUGGGAACGAACGUGCUAUACUGAUCAGUAGGAAGCUUCUGAUGGUGCGCAGGAACCUUGAGGCCUUCCUGUAUGUUGCUAGGACACAACUUGGUUAUUGCUUCCUCUGGAUAGACGCCAUCUGCAUCAAUCAAGCUAAUGCGGCGGAGAGAGAUCAUCAGGUGCAGCGAAUGGGCAAUAUAUUCGCGAAAGCAAAGAUGCUGAUAACAUGGCUGGGU